GUCGGUAGCUCAGCGUCCAAAAUAAACAUCGUCUUUGGAAUUCACGUUCUGAUCUUCAUACACUCGGGAGUCUACACUUGCCGAGGUCGGAAACGGCCCAGGAUCGACAUCGGCGUCGAUCCUAGCACGCGAGGGGGAGGACUUAACGACCAGAGAAAAGCCCAGUACUUCAGCGGAUCUCUUGAAGCGGACCACCUUCGUGUAUUUAAAGAACGUGGUAAACUUUAGGAAAGGCGAGCCUUUGAAUUCCUCAGCGACAAAACUCGCGGCUCUUUUUCCACCUCGAGUCCAAUUAAACGCGAUAAUUUGGAUGAAAUUGUGCGCGGCGAUGGCGAGAAUCUGAAAAGACGCUUCCUGUCGAAGUUUCUGAAUUUUCGAGUAUUAGAAUAUUCAAGGAGAAACUGGAGGAAGAUGGUAACGAGCAAAGAUUAGCUCUAAAGAGGUAAAAACGAACAGGUAGCUGGAACAAAAGGAUUAACGCGUCGAGGAAGAAGCGGAGAACGAUCUAGGCCACGAUAGAUAACAACGAUCUAGAAACGGGGCCGGUAGAUAUAUCUGAACGAUCGUGCUGUUUGUACGAGUUACUCGAGCCGUGAACGCCGGACUGCACCCUGUUCCACUGCUUUAUUUCAUUGUACGGUGGUGAAAAGUUAUGGGGUACGGGGUCUUAUAGUCUUCCGGGGGUUCGCGGGAGAUACGCUGGUGUCGUCGACCUGGCAACGAGAAAAAGCAUCCGACCCCGGCUAAUAAAUCGUUGAAUAAUUGUUCAACAACCUCCGUACGCUUUGUUCCACCAGAGGAUUUGUCAAUUGUGUUUCUCUGACUCGUUUCUACAGGUUGUGAUAUUGAUUUGACGAAACAUAGAAGAGAAGUUUGUUCACAGGAAGGAUCUUCGUUUCGAAAUUUCAGUGAAAGGUCCGUGGGGAAACGACGAGAAUGGGACUUCAAGUUCACUGCUUUUAUCUAGCCUGCCUUCUGCUGGUCGCGUCGAUGCCUCUGUCCGAAGGAUUCUUCCUACCGGAGAAGCCUCUGCUCUUUAGGACGUUCGAGGAGAGGUUGAAGGACAUGGGAGAAAAAAUCGGUGACACGGUCAGGGAGAAACUGAACUUUAUCCUCGAGCCACCGUGGGUGCAAACGACCACCACGAGUACCACGACCACCGAGGAACUUGAUAUGGAUACCGAUGUUGAAGCUGGUAUCGGGGAAGAGAGGCAGAUCAUCAUGGCACCCAUCAGGUGUCCUCCUAAUCAUGACUACGCGAGAGGAAGAUGUCGUAGAAAACUUCGUUGACUGCUUCCUAUUUAUAAUACAAGUUGUUACAGAAGGUGUAAAAUUAUCAGUAUGGAUCCUAAUAUUCUUGUGCUGAUAUUUGAAGGGUUUCGUGUACUCCAAAAUGACUCUAUAAAAAUGUA